AUGGUAACGGGUCAGAAUACAACAGGAGAAGUUGAGGAAUUCAAAGUAGGAGUGGUAAUUGAUGCGAAUACAUCCGUGGCAAAGGUGUGGCUGACUUGCAUUGACAUGGCUCUCUCUGACAUCUAUGCAUAUCGUAAAAAUUAUAAGAGAAGGCUGGUUCUUCAUGUUAUGGAUUCUAAAAGUGAUGUUCUUGAUGCAUCAUCUGCAGCCCUCAAUCUAAUACAGAAUGUUAAAGUUCAAGCUAUUAUAGGACCGACAACAUCAGCACAAGCCAUUAACGUUGCGCAUCUUGGAAAACGAUAUCAAGUUCCAAUUAUUUCAUUCAGUGCAACAAGUCCUUCCAUUUCCCUUGCUCAGAAUCCUUACUUCAUUCGUACGUCUCUAAACGAAUCGUCUCAAGUAAAUGCUAUUGCUGCCAUUGUUAAGAAAUUCGGAUGGAGAGAAGUUGUACCUCUUUAUGAAGACACUGAAUACGGGCAUGGUGUCAUUCCAUAUUUGAUGGAUGCUUUUCAAAAUACCAACACCAGAGUUCCUUAUAGGAGUGUCUUUCCUAGUGCGGCUACUGAUGAUCAAAUUACCCAAGAGCUUAACAAAUUAGACAACAUGGGAACUAGGGUACACAUCCUGCAUAUGCUUUCACCUCUAGGCUUACGUGUUUUUACGCAAGCAAAAGUGCUUGGUAUGAUGAACAAAGGGUACGCAUGGAUUAUUACCUCAGGAUUAGGCACUGAUUUGAAUUCGUUCGAGCCUUCAGAUAUUGAUACGAUGCAAGGAGUGUUAGGCAUAAGGCCAUAUAUCUCACAACACAAAGAGUUGGAUAUAUUUGGUAUAUGGUCAUAUGAUACAAUUCGGGCAUUAGCUAGCGUAGUCGAGAAUUUUCAAACAGGUCCUGAACUCUUGCAAGAAUUAUCAAACAUGAAAUUUGAAGGUCUAAGCGGGGUAUUCCAUCUAGUCAACAGGCAAUUGCAAUCAGAUGCCUUUCAAAUACUUAAUAUUUGUGGAAGUGGGAUUCGGGAUAUUGGCAUUUGGAGACCUUCAGAUGGUACAAAUAAGCUUAAUUUGAGGCCUGUCAUAUGGCCAGGGGAUGCCACCGAGAAACCUAAAGGUUGGGAAAUUCCGCUCAAGGAUAGAAAGUUAAGGAUUGGAGUGCCUUUAAAAAAUGGUUUUAAUGAAUUCGUGAAGACAACGAAGAACUCUUGCAAUGGUACAAGAUAUGAUGUCGCUGGUUAUUGCAUUGAUGUCUUUACUACUGCACUCAAGAAGUUACCAUAUUGUGUACCCCAUGAGUUUAUUCCUUAUGAGAAAAACGAAAGCGGAAAAGCUGGAAGCUAUUAUGAUGAUCUUGUCCACCAGGUGCAGCUUCAGAAUUUUGACGUUGUAGUUGGGGAUGUUACUAUUACUGCAACGAGAUCACAACAGGUAGAUUUUACGUUACCGUAUACAGAAGGUGGGGUAUCGAUGAUUGUGUUAGUGAAAAAGGAUUUGAGUCAGGAUACCUGGAUAUUUCUCAAGCCAUUGGAGUGGAAGCUCUGGGUAACAACUGGAGCUUUCUUUCUUUUAGUAGGUGUUGUAAUUUGGAUUCUUGAACACAGAGUAAACAGGGAGUUUAGAGGAGGGCCUCAUUCUAUGUAUCAGUGGGGCACACUGCUUUCGUUCUCCUUCUCAAUGCUUGUUUUUGCACACAAGGAGAGGGUGUUAAGCAAUUUGGGUAGAUUCGUGAUGGGCAUCUGGCUUUUUGUUGUGUUAAUUCUCACGCAGAGUUACACAGCAAAUUUGGCAUCCAUGUUAACGAUUCAACGAUCUGAUCCCACCUACAACGAUGUCAACCAACUCAUCCGAUAUGGGUACAACGUAGGUUACCAGGAGGGUACAUUCGUUUUCGGAAUGUUGAAACGUAUGGGUUUUGAUGAGUCUAAUCUGAAAAGCUACAAAUCCCCAGGAGAGUUUGAUGAAGCUUUCUCCAAAGGGAGAAGUGAAGGUGGCAUUGUUGCUGCUUUCGAGGAGCUACCUUACAUUGAACUCAUCCUUGCAGAAUAUUGCGGUAAAUACAUGAUGGUGGGAGAUAUAUAUCCAUACGAUGGAUUUGGUUUUGUUUUCCCAAAAGGUUCUCCCCUGUGUCCUGAUAUUUCAAGAACAAUCUUAAGCACGAGAGAGGAAGGAAGAACAGAGCGGUUUAAAAAAGGUUGGUUCAAGAACCAAAAAUCUUGUGCCGACAACAAUGACCCCUAUGGUUCAUCAAACAGUCUUACUCUUGGUAGCUUUUGGAUCCUGUUUCUAAUUACAGGAAUCUGUUCAGCCUUGGCAGUCAUUGCAUUUUUGACGAUAUUCUUUUACGAAAACAAACAGAUUUUGAGAGACCCGAGUAUUACUACUCGUAACAAAAUCCUCAACUUGCUUAGAAAGUUCUGUGAACAUGAUGAAAAUCGCUUGAUCACAUACUUUGAGCCUCCUGCAUGCAGUGACCAAAAUAAAAUUGUUGACAAUAGAGUUCAUGCAACAGAAAUCAACAUAGAUGCUGUAGAUUCGCUUCCACGGAUUCAUGCAUCUCCGAUGGCUGGAAAUGUUAGCGCACGGAGUGACAACUCUAAUGCAGAAAUGGGAGGCUAUACAACACUUAUUGCUGAUCACAAUAUAGCUUCCGGAAAUUGUAUCCCAGCAGAUAGCAAUACAAGAACAUAUGUAGGAAAAUUAUAAAAUCUAAUGGCUCAAAUUGCAGGUUCGA